GCACGUGCCGCCCAGCUCUAAUCACCAUUUUCUGAAAAUUACGAUUGAAGUUAAACAGAGGAGAGAGAAAGAAUUCGAUCAAAUUCCUGAAAUUCAACAACUCUUCCUGAUCAAAUCGAAUUUAGUGCGUAAUCCAAUAAAAUUUACUCUAAAUUUUUCAGCAAUUAUUGCCAUCUUCUUCAGAUGAAGAACACAUUUCCAGAGAAUUCCUAGCAAUGGAUGCCCAGGCAGAUGAACCACAAUCAGUAGAGCAAAGUCAAAAGAGAGAGAAAGUAGCGAAGAACAUUCAGGAAGCACACGAAGAAGAAGAGAGGAGAAAGAAUGUGGAGAAGAAUGAAGAAGUAGAUCCGGAGCUGUUUAGCUGCUUGCUUCAGCCAAUUGUCGCUGAUUCCGAUAUCGAUUACAUCGGAAUUCGCCGCCUUCUACUUUAUCGCAAAGCUCAAUCCGGUGUCCACCGCAGACUUGAAUGGAGAUGUAAUGGUAAAGGUUAUGCAGCGUAUCGUAAUUUUAUCAACCGACCACGGAACUGGGAGAGCCUCCUUUUGCAAAGCCAAUCAAGCACUCCUAAUCAAAGUGGACGAUGGAUUGCAUCUCCAGGCCCACUCUCCCUUCUGUUGGAGGUGGACAGCUUGAACUCUAGCAGGGAUCUACGAGGUAGCAGCCAAGCAAGAAAUAGUUUUAGCUCCAGUACUAGUGACAAUGACCAUCGCUUUGACCGAUCAAGGAGGAAAACUGAACCUGCUUAUUCAUUUGUAGGAAUGCACUGUAUCUUUGAUCAGUGCAAAGUUGCAGUAACUGUAUUGAAGUUCGGGCACAUGAGUUCUGAUUUGCUCGCAUAUGGAGCAGCCGAUGGAUCUCUGACAGUUUGCGCUGUCUCGGACCCUCCUUCAGUCACAAAACUACUGAUAGGGCAUUCUAAAGAUGUCACAGAUUUUGACUUCACAGCGAACAACCAGUACAUUGCUUCAACAUCACUUGAUAAAUCAGUGAGAGUGUGGGACCUAUCUAAAGGUGUCUGUAUUCGGGUUAUUUACGGAGUCUCAUUACAAUGGUGUAUACGUUUUCACCCUGUGAACAAUAACUUUCUUUCAGUGGGGAAUGCAAACAAGGAAAUUAAUGUCUAUAAUUUCAGUACUGGUCGAUUGAUUCAUAAGCAUGUUCUUGAAGAUGAGGUUACUGCACUGGACCAUGAUCACACUGGCCAGCUUCUUUUUUGUGGCGAUGCUAAGGGAUGUAUAUAUACUGUAGGUAUGAACUCUCGGACUGGAGCUUUAUCUCGUUUACAUCGAAAUCGGAAUGGGAGUAAGCGCAAGUCCCCGGUGACAGUGUUGCAGUACCGAACCUUUUCUUUGUUGGCACGCGGUCCUGUUUUGCUGACGUGCACUCAGGAUGGAAGUUUGGCAUUCUUCAGUGUUGCCUUGGAGGUAAAAGGGUACUUGACGCUUCGUUGCUCUCUCAAGUUAACCCCAAGAGUGCAUAGAAUUCGAGCUUCUUUCUGUCCUUUAUUAUCCCUUGAGAAGGGAGAGUACAUAGUUGCUGGAAGCGAGGACUCUAAUGUGUACUUCUAUGAUUUGACUCGGCCAAGGCAUACUUGCGUAAACAAGCUGCAGGGUCAUAGUUCAUCAGUUAUAGGUAUCACCUGGAACCAUGGAGAGAACUUGCUGGCUUCAUCUGAUUCUGGUGGUACUGUUAUAGUAUGGAAGAGAGCUAAAACAAGUUCCUAAAGUCCUAGUAUAUGUGACAUGUUCACACUUGUAGGUUGUAUUUUCCGUUUUACCCUCUCUCUUUUGUGUUAAUUACUCUUUAACAUGUUUUUUUACCCAACAUUGAAACUGUUGAAUUCCUUCAUUCGAAAUUUCUCAUCAAUAUCUUCAUUCGAAAUUUCACAUUUGAUAGGACUGGUAUGUAUUUUUGUAUCCUGAAUCUCUGCCUCCCAUUUUCACUAUUCAAUCGAUUCAAUAAUUGAUUACCCUUAACUAAGGGUUGGUUUUCA